AUUUAUUAUUUAUUUAUUUUUUAUUGAUUUGUUUUUCUAUUGAAGCUCUGAUUUUGGUGUUGAUGUUCCACAAGCUUAUAUGUUUCUUGCAUGUUUCUGAAUAGCUAUAUGAAAUAUACUCUUAUUGAUCUUUGGUGAGAUCACUCUUUUGGAAAUUCAUAAGAUUGCCACACAAGUCUCUGCCUAAGGUUAUUUCUCUUAUUCUGUUCUCUGUUAUUAUGCCACUUGAACCAGGCUCGGCAUAACAAGGCAAUCUCAAGGGACACAUGGUCACAACUUUUGGAGUUUGCAAGGACAAUUGAUCCUGCUCUUUCUAAUUAUGAUGCUGAAGGUGCGUGGCCCUAUCUAAUUGAUGAAUUUGUCGAGUACUUGUACGAGAAUGGCAUCAUUCCAAAGGCUGAUUACAGCCAAAAUCAAUGAUGCGCUGCUUGAAGUUCAUAUUUCAUGUGGGGUUCUAUGCUAUUUUUCUGUAGUAUGAUUUGCAAUGUACCCUGUGAAGUAACUUUCUGGUCUUAUAAACCAAGACAUGAAAUUGCUUCUUAGUUUGAAAGGUUUCUGCUGACAAUUGAUGCACAAUUCAUUUGAGUCAAUGGGAUUGGUGACAUUGGAUAUGAACUUUCUUUUAAAUUGAAGUGUGUGAGUUUGUAGUCUGGGUUCCAGUUCUUUUGCCUCCUUUGUUUUUAUUUUAUAGCAGCUGACUUUGAGGAAUUGAGCAAUUGAGUGGGAAUGUGGCUCUCAUCUUGGAAACGGUGUGAGCCGUGGAAAGAGAUCAAUUUGAUGAAUUGGGGACUUCCUGCUUCUAAUCCUAGGUUGGAUAGAAUUUCAAAUAAUAAAGAAUCGUAACUUAAGUUUAUUGUAUGGUAACUAAGCAUGGCUUAAUUUAUCUCAAAUUCUUCGUCAUGCAUUCUUUAAGUUUUGUGUUUUGUUGUUUGAUGAUCUUUGAUCUAUAUUCUUUUGCUGCCCCUUUAGAUUCUCUUCCUAAGAUAAUUUGUUUUAAUUCAGAAAAAUUGUAAUGUGUUUGUAAAAGAUUGAUCUUUAGUUCAAAUUUCAAUGGAAUAGGAAUUUAGGGCACUAAAUAUGGUGCACUUGACGGUGAAAAAUUAGGUGGGGCUGAUGAUGAUAAGGAAAUAUAUUGCUUUUGUUUAAAACUAGGGUGAUUCUUUUGUUGUUCUAUCAAUAUUUAUGCAGGUACAAGUACAAACAAACAGUAAUCAGCUUUCAUCCUAAUUACAGCCUACAGUUCGAAGAGGAGUAAAAUAAGACAGAAGAACAUCAACUAUGGCAGGCUCAGCAGCCAUCCUGGAGCCAAAAUCCUCCAUAGAACUACCAUUGCCGUCCAUAAGGUUUGACCCAACCCAUUCCAUGGAUCUGACGUCUGAAGAGGAUGAUCUCUACAGCCGCCUAAAAUCACUACAGCGCCAGAUUGAGUUCAUUGACAUCCAAGAGAAGUAUGUGAAGGAUGAGCAGAAGAACCUGAAGCGUGAGCACUUACGGGCCCAGGAGGAGGUCAAACGGAUUCAGUCUGUGCCUCUAGUCAUUGGCCAAUUUAUGGAGAUGGUAGACCAGAACAAUGGCAUUGUUGGCUCCACCACUGGGUCUAAUUACUAUGUGAGGAUUCUGAGCACCAUCAAUCGUGAGCUCUUAAAGCCUUCUGCAUCUGUGGCACUGCACCGACAUUCUAAUGCUCUUGUAGAUGUGUUGCCUCCUGAGGCUGAUUCAAGUAUAUCUCUUCUUAGCCAGUCUGAGAAGCCUGAUGUUACUUACAAUGAUAUUGGAGGAUGUGACAUUCAAAAGCAGGAAAUUCGUGAGGCAGUGGAAUUGCCAUUAACUCACCAUGAGUUGUACAAGCAGAUUGGAAUAGACCCUCCACGAGGUGUUUUACUUUAUGGUCCCCCUGGCACCGGGAAAACCAUGCUUGCAAAGGCUGUUGCUAAUCAUACCACUGCAGCUUUUAUUAGAGUUGUUGGGUCUGAGUUUGUUCAAAAGUAUUUGGGUGAGGGACCACGAAUGGUUCGUGAUGUUUUCCGUCUUGCCAAGGAGAAUGCCCCUGCUAUUAUCUUUAUUGAUGAAGUAGAUGCCAUUGCAACUGCCAGGUUUGAUGCUCAAACUGGAGCUGACAGGGAGGUUCAGCGAAUCCUCAUGGAACUGCUAAAUCAGAUGGAUGGGUUCGACCAGACAGUCAAUGUUAAGGUAAUAAUGGCAACCAAUCGAGCAGACACUUUGGACCCUGCACUUCUUCGUCCUGGAAGGCUUGACCGGAAGAUUGAAUUCCCCUUGCCUGAUAGACGGCAAAAGAGGCUUGUUUUCCAGGUGUGCACAUCUAAGAUGAACCUUAGCGAUGAGGUAGACUUGGAGGAUUAUGUUUCUCGUCCGGAUAAAAUCAGUGCUGCUGAGAUUGCAGCAAUCUGUCAAGAAGCUGGAAUGCAUGCGGUACGUAAGAACCGCUAUGUCAUACUUCCCAAGGACUUCGAGAAGGGUUAUCGAUCCAACGUAAAGAAGCCUGACACCGACUUCGAGUUUUACAAAUAAAAUAAUGUUAAAGUGCUAAUUUUACAGACGUUAAAGUUGAAAUUGUUAUGUACAAAACCUUGUUUCAGAUGCCUGAAUUUAACUUCCAAGAUGCUGUCAAUUUUUUAUUAUGGAAAAUUUGAAGUUAAUGUGGACCUUUGGCUAGUAAUUGGCCUUAAGUUGGAUGGGCCAGCAUUAAAUUUGUUACAAUAAAAAAUUAUCAAAAUU